AUGAUCGAUAAAAGUUAAAAGGAAAACGAGAAUGCUGGUGCGUUAGAGCAUUAUAAUAAAAGCUAGGUACAAUUAUUUAGUGGAAUCGUUUUUAGGAAUUAAAAAUUACUUAUAGAACUGAAGAAGCAUUAUUAGAAAUAAAUAAUGCUUUGAAUCUUCAUCCUAAAUUUGCCAAAGCCUACACUUUAAGAAGUUCAAUGUUUUAAAUAUCAAUAUAGGUGAAUUAUACGAAAAAAUGAAAUUAUAUGAUAAGGCAUUGGAAGAUGCCAAUUAAAGCAUAUCCAUAAACAAUAAUGAUCCAGAAAGUUAUUAUUAAAGAGGUAUUUAUUAAAUCUUAUAGCUUAAGCAACAAUUUAUUGGAGAAAAUAAUUAUAUGAUCAAGCAAUAUAAGAUUGUAUGAAAUGUGUGGAAAUUAAUAAAGACUUUUCAAUGGGCUAUUGUAGAAUGGGUAAUAAAAUAACCAUAAAUCUUCAGGCACUAUUUUGAGUGAAUUGAAGCAAAAGGAUAAUGAACUAAAAUAUUACAAUGAUGCUAUAGAAAAAGAUAGGAAUUGUUAUUAUGCAUUUAUGUGUAGAGGUAAAAUCAUAAUUAUCAUAUUAGGUUAGUAUUAUAUGAAUGAAAAAUUGACUGAUUAUGCAAUUAGAGAUUUCAAAAAAGCCAUUGAAAUAAAUCCUAAAUAUAAUUUAACUUAUAUAAACAGAGGUUAUUUCUAUUCCACUUAAUAUAGUAGGCAUUUUAUAUGAAGAGAUUGGUGAGAAAGACAAAGCGUUGAAUGACUAUAAUCAAGCAAUUCAACUUGAUCCUAAAU